GCUCUGUCACACGAACGCUCCUAUUAGAACCAAAGAAGCUCUUCCGUCGCGUUGCGUCGCUCGCUGCUUCGUAGAAAGCUAAAAAGAGAAAAGGCGGAGUCCGGAAAAAAAUAUCUAGCGCAGUUCCAGUGACGAGGAUAAGCGCGCGCGGUGGAUUCCCUCCACUCCGGCGGCUGCGCGUGGGCAUCAGUGGGAGAGUUCCAUAUAAAAGCUCCCGCAUCCUCCUCUGCCUCUGACACUCUCUGUUUGAAUGAUACGGUGUCCUCUCCUCCUCUUGUGUUUUCUCGGAAACAUUUUCCUGCAGCAGAAAUUCAAAUUCUCGUCUAUGGUUCUGACUCAAGCUUCCAACAUGUCCCGGACCGAAGAGGUGCACCGUAUAACGGAGAACGUCUAUAAGUCCAUCAUGGAGCAGUUCAACCCUUGCUUAAGGAACUUUGUUGCCAUGGGGAAGACUUACGAGAAGGCCCUCUCCAGUGUGACAUUUGCAGCAAAAGGCUACUUCGACGCACUGGUGCGGAUGGGAGAAAUGGCCAGCGAGAGUCACGGCUCUAAGGAUCUUGAAGAGGCAGCAUGGGAUGUGCUUUUUCAGAUGGCGGAGGUUCACAGACAGAUCCAGAUGCAGCUAGAGGACAUGCUGAAAUCAUUCCACAAUGAACUACUCACAGAACUGGAGAAAAAAGUGGAAUUGGAUGUUCGCUACUUAAAUGCAGCUCUGAAGAAAUACCAGAUGGAACACAGAAGCAAAGGAGAGAGUCUGGAGAAGUGCCAGGCCGAGCUGAAGAAACUGCGCAGGAAGAGUCAGGGCAGCAAGAACCCCUCCAAAUAUGGAGACAAGGAGAUGCAGUACGUCGAGACCAUCACCAGCAAACAAAAUGAGCUGGAUAACUACAUCUCUGAGAGCUACAAGAAUGCACUGUCUGAAGAGAGACGGAGGUAUUGCUUCCUUGUUGACCGUCAGUGUGCAGCGGCCAAAACUAGCAACGCCUACUACACCAAGGGCAGAGACUUGCUGACGCAAAAGAUACCAUUGUGGCAACAAGCAUGUGCCGACCCAAAUAAACUCCCAGAGCGGGCGAUGCUUCUGGCUCCGCAAAUGGGCUCAGGAGUGACGGGAACGCUGGGUCCCAGUGUCCACCAGACCUCUAAAUCUAACCUGACCAUCUCAGACCCCAUCCCUGGGGCCAAACCACUUCCUGUGCCCCCUGAGCUUGCAGUUCUCAUGGGGAACCAACAGAUGAGGAUGAUGGGAGCAGGUAGUGUUCCAAUGGUGAAUGGCUCAGGGGUCCAUGGGGGUGAAGACUACCAACGCUGGAUGGAGACCAGAGCCGCACAUGAGAAACCAGCCCACAGACACGGCGGAGAGACCUUCUCCAACACCCUGCCUGUCCGCAAGGUUGCACCUGUAAAGCCCAAGAACACUCUGGCAGAGACACAAACCCUGCCCAGGUCAAGCUCAAUGGCAGCUGGGCUGGAGAGAAAUGGACGGACACGCGUUCAGGCCCUCUUCUCUCAUGCCGCCGGGGACAACAGCACACUCCUCAGCUUUACGGAAGGAGACAUCAUCACACUGUUGGUGCCUGAAGCCCGAGACGGCUGGCACUAUGGCGAAAACGAGAAGAACAGAAUGAGAGGCUGGUUCCCGUUCUCCUAUACCCGCAUGAUUCCUGAACCAGACAGCAGUAAACUCCACGUAAGUUUGCAGCAUACCAGGAGCAGCAGCACAGGAAAUCUUCUGGAGAGAGACAUGAUGUUGCCAACACCUGAUUACGGCAUGCCUACACGCUUCUUCAGCCAGCAGCAGAGCACAGCACACAGCCGACAGAGACCAUACAGCAUGGCAAUGCCAGGACUCUCACAACAAGGUUUGGAGGAAUACCAGUCUCGGUUCCUAACAAGUGCGGAGGGAAAAUUGAUUUCGACAGUGUGAGAGGACAGACAAACACACAGACACCACCCUCCCCUCCAUCUACACACACACUCCCCUGUCUUCCUUUAUCUCUCAACAAUCCAUCCCCCUUCACUCCACCCUCAGAGGAAGAGGAUCUAGAUCCACCCUUCCCACCUUCUUGUUCCCUAAUUUUAUCCCAGUUGGAAGCAGCCUAACGGAACCGGAAUGCUGAGUAUUCCAUGUUGACCUUCCUCAUUAUACGCUUCCAUCAUGAGGAUUUUGAAAUUAUUCAGUAAACAUGUUGAAUUGUUCAUACAGUUUGUAUCUCUUGCCUGUCUUUCAUGCAUGUACAUGUCAGCAAUGUAUAAACUAAAUGCAACUUUUGCCAUCCAGGGGUCCAUGUAUUUAAAGGAAUAGUUUACAUGAAAAUUACAGUUCUGUUGUAUUAUAUUAUUUUCUUCUACGGAAUACAAAAAGGCUUAUUUAUAUUAUUAUACCUAAGCAGUUUUUUUCCUUACAAUGAAAGUGAAUGGUCAUCAGAAUUUUUCUGAACCAAAAUGCUUUUCUUCUUUUUUUUUUUUGGAGAUUGACAGCAACUGGUCCCCAUCCACUUUCAUUUUAGGGAAGAUAGCAGCUCAGGAAUCAAAAUUUAUUUAUUUAUUUUCUGUAGAAGAAAGAAAAGUUGUAUAGGUUUGGAACAACAUGAGGGCGAGUAAAUACAUUUUUUUGUUGAACAAAAAAAUCUUAAUUUAGUAAUAUGUUUAAUUGUAUUGUUUGUAACAAUACCCGUGGGUUUAUUCAAGUAUAAAUGACAGCUGAGAAAUAAAAACAAGAAAAAUAUUCACUUUUUUAAAUUAU